CGCAGCUAGUUAGCAGAAAACAUAAACACCAGUCCAUCUUUGGGCUAUUUUAGCUAUUUAGGUUUUGUUUUCUUCGGCGCAGUUUAUUCGGGAGAACCACAUAAUGCGGUAGAUAAGCUAAAAAUCUUACGGUCAACCAUGUUUGUUUGGAUCUCAGAAUUUCCAAGGCCUUGAAGUUGCACUGCUAACGAAUGCCCAUGAUUCAGCUGGAGAAACCAGUGCUAACUGGUGCCAUGCCUGUGGUAUGGCCCACCAUCCUCGACCUGGGCAGGGAUGAGUGCAAAAGAAUUCUCCGGAAACUGGAGCUGGAGGCUUAUGCCGGGGUAAUUAGUGCCCUGCGAGCACAAGGAGACCUGACAAAGGACAAAAAGGAUCUGCUGGGAGAACUCACUAAAAUCCUUGGCAUCUCAACAGAGCGCCAUCGUGCAGAAGUCCGCAGGGCUGUCAACGAUGAACGCCUCACCACCAUCGCGUAUCACAUGUCAGGGCCUAACAGCUCGUCCGAGUGGUCCAUUGAAGGGCGGCGGCUUGUUCCCUUGAUGCCAAGGCUGGUCCCUCAGACGGCCUUUACUGUGACUGCUAAUGCUGUGGCCAGUGCCACAGCCAAUCAGAACGCCUCCCUUCUGUUGCCAGCUGAAACUGGAAACAAAGAAGUGGUUGUAUGUUACUCCUACACAAGCACCACCUGCACAUCCACCAGCGCUACGGCGACCAGCGGCACCAUAGGAGCAACUGUGAAAUCACCACGACCACCGAGUCCUUCAUCCAAUGUGGUGGUGCUGCCCAGUGGGAGCACUGUCUAUGUAAAAAGUGUGAGCUGUUCGGAUGAGGACGAGAAGCCUCGUAAGCGAAGGCGGACCAACUCGUCCAGCUCGUCUCCGGUGAUGCUGAAGGAGGUCACCAAGGUGUCCCCACAGGUGUCCAAGAACAUCACGGUCCCAGUGAGCGGCAGCCCCAAGAUGAGCAACAUCAUGCAGAGCAUCGCCAACUCGCUGCCGCCCCACCUGUCCCCUGUCAAGAUCACCUUCACCAAGCCCACCAUCCAGACCACCAACACCACCACACAGAAGGUGAUCAUCGUGACAACUUCUCCCAGCUCCAAUUUUGUACCAAACAUCUUGUCCAAGUCUCACAACAACGCCGCUAUGUCCAAGCUGGGCUCCACCUCCAUGCUGACCACGCCCACCCAGAAACAGACGGUGGUCUUCCCGGCCAGUUCCAGCCCCUCCUCCAACGCCAACACCGUCGCCGUGACCACAGUGGUCUCUUCUACUCCUUCAGUGGUCAUGUCAACUGUCGCAACAUGUGCUGCUUCAGCCGGAGUGAAGGUGGCUUCAGCCAGACUUCCCUCACCGAAGACCCUGGUGGGGUCACCUGCUCAGAUCCUGGCCCAGUUCCCCAAACAGCAGUCACCCAAACAGCUGCAGCAGAGCUCACCUUUAGGAGCUUCUAGCGUCAGCCAGACCCAGACCACCAGCAGCUCACCCGGAUCAAAGCCCACCAUCCAGAUCAAACAAGAGUCCGGGGUCAAGAUCAUCACUCAGCAGGUUCAGCCCAGUAAAAUCCUGCCCAAGCCUUCAUCAGUGGCUUUGUCCAGCAGCAGCUCAUCCCCCAUCAUGGUCGUCAGUAGCAACGGAGCCAUCAUGACCACCAAACUGGUCACUCAGCCCACAGCUACCCAGGCCACCUAUACGAGACCCACUGUUAGCCCCAGCAUCGGCGCCAGAAUAUCAGCCUCCAGUGGUGGGACCACCUACGUCAAGACCACCAGCGGCAGCAUCAUCACAGUGGUGCCCAAGUCUCUGGCCACUCUGGGCGGGAAGAUCAUCAGCAGCAACAUCGUCUCUGGCACGACGACUAAGAUCACGACCAUCCCCAUGACUUCCAAGCCGAAUGUCAUCGUGGUUCAGAAAACCACAGGAAAAGGAGCGACCAUCCAAGGACUGCCUGGCAAGAAUGUGGUCACCACGCUUUUAAACGCCGGGACUCUGUGUGUACCUCAGGGUGAGAAGGGCCUGCAGGCUGUUCAGGGGACCAAACCAGCAAUCAUCACGGCCUCCAGACCCAUCACCAAGAUGAUCGUCACCCAGCCCAAAGGCAUGAGCUCUGGAUCCCAGUCCACCGCCACCAAGAUCAUCCCGACCAAGAUCGUCUACGGCCAGCAGGGCAAGACACAGGUUCUCAUCAAGCCCAAACCGGUCUUCCAGACGGCGGUGGUGAGCGAACAGACCAGGCAGCUAGUCACUGAGACGCUGCAGCAGGUGACCCGGUCUGCAGACAUCGGGCAGGGUCAGACCUCAGGCCAGGACGGGUCCACAAAGGACGAGUCGGGCAGCUUAGCGGAACCUCCGCCUGUAGUGCAUGUGGUGUCCUCCAGAGAGCAGGAUUGGACAGAGCAGGAAGUAUCAGUUGAGUCCAGCCCCACUAUUAUCUACCAGGAGGUGUCUGGCGGGGAAUCCCAGUCCGCCACCUCCACCAUAAAAGCCCUGCUGGAGCUGCAACAGACGACAGUGAAGGAAAAGGGCGAGUCCAAACCCAGACAGCACACCAUCGACCUGAGCCAGAUGGCCGUGCCCAUCCAGCUGGCCCAGGAGAAGAAGCCCAGCCCAGAGUCCCCGAGACCCUCCACCUCAGAGGCUGAACCCAGCACUGAGUACGUCACGGCAGGUAAAGUAAGCAGAGUGGGAGUGGCCUCAGAGGACGAUGACGUGGUCAUGUCCUCCAGUCAGCAGAUGGGGAAGCCUUACAAAACCAGCAGCAGCGGCCAGGUCACCGUGGUAACCAAACCGGUCGCUGUCUCGUCUGCAGCCGCUGUGUCGCACGUCAGCCACAUGCCGUCUGACAGCCACGGUAAGACGGAGGCUGUGUUGGAGGUGGGGGAGAUGGAAGGCGACACCUUGGACCCCCAGACGGGCUUGUUCUACCGCUCCAGCCAACCAGCUGCAGAUCCCGUGAAGCAAACCGCCCACUCUGCAGGCACUCAGCCGCCUUCCUUGAGCCAAGCAGAGGCCGAGCAGAGCCGGCACAGCUCCGCCUCCACCCAGCCGCCGCCGCCACCACAGCUGCAGAGCAAACCUCAAAUCAGCCAGCCUUCCUCUUCCUCCACUGCCUUCCCCUCCACUCCCCCUCUGACAAAGAAACUCCCGAAGCUACGAGAGCAGAUUCCGCCCAAACCCCAGGCCUUAACCCAGAGCCCCAAAGACAGACCCCUGACCGCACCAGCCCAAGCCGGGGCAAAGGUCACAAGCCCGGGCACGCCAACCAAGCCCCUGGUGACGCCGCAGCUCCCGAAGCUCCAGCAAGCACCCACGUCCCACCACAGGCCCCUGCACACAUCCAUGUCCCACCCUCCCCCACUGCAGGCGCACCACCCCGUCAGCACCGAAAAGACUUCCUCCAGCCAGCAGCCAAUCAUCACACAGAGCGCCACUGUGACGAAGAUCACCUUCGGCAGCUCCCACCACUCAUCGCCGGUCUUCAGCAGCGGCGAGGCCACCGCCAAACUGAUCCCCGAGUCCAGCUCUGGGCCCUCAGGAGACAAGCCCUCGGUGUCGGACAUCCUGAAGAUCUCCAUGAUGGAGGCGGAGAUCGAUCCGAGCACAGAACCCAUGGUGGUGGAUUCCUCCAGCGACUGCGGCCCCCUGGGGAAGGCCCUGGAGGUCCAGGCCGUGUCCGGCACUCUGGACUCGGGCCAGUUCAUCAGCAGCUCGGGGACCUCCCUGCAUCAUUCCCACACAAAGUCCCAGCAGUUCAGCUGCAUGCAGGGCCUCACAGCACAGAGGAGCAAAGAGGACCUGGAGGUGAUUGAGGUGAUUCCUCAGUACUCCAUCCUGCCGGACUCCAGCCAGUCUAAUGUGGUGGUGGAGCCCAGCGGCUUCCUGGAGAUCACCAACUACACCAGCCAGCAGCUGGAGGAGGACAGCCCCAUGGAGCAGGAGGUGGACAGCAGCAACGACGAGGCCACGGCAGCCAGUCCCCCGGACCAACCGUAGCCCCCCGGGGUGGAGGCGCUGAGGGGAGCUGAGCAGAUUUGGCUCCAACAAGCAGACUAAUGAUUUGUUUUUAGCCUCCGACCCAGUGGACAAAGACUUUCUGGCUGUUUUUUAUGGCGCAAGAGCAAAAAUGCGUUCUGUUUUUGUGUAAAUAUUAGUUUGUUCAGAACAAGUAUUGUUUCUUCCCUACAACUAACGACACGUGUGGUUUUUAUGGCCAGGGAGCAGCGCUGGGUGUCAAAUGUGGGAGCGAGGCGAAAGGAUUAGUUUUGGUGCAGCCCCAGACAGUUGGAAAGCAGCCUCUCCAAACAUACAAGACUUAAUUGUUCCAGUGUGAACUGGACCAAGUGUUUCUUGCAGGACUUUGCAGGACAGUUACACAUUCAUGAGACUGAUGUGGAUUCUGUACCUGGUGCCACUGUGCGUCGCCUCAGAAACAAGCAGCCGGAUCAGACCACCACAGGCCUGCAUUUAUUAAGACGGUUGUUAGGCUGUUGAUGGACAUCUUGUUUGGAUGACCUGAAGGUUUUACCACCAGAUGAACAGUUUUUUUUUCUUUUGACUGAAGUGCAAAUCUGUGAAUCUCCAACAUCAGUCCUGUAAGCAUUUCAGUUUUCAGAUGAGAGUGGAGUUAAUCGCUGCCUGAAACAUAAAAGAAAAGAGUCCUGGAGGAAGGAAAGAGUCAACACAUGUUAAUGUUCAUUGUAACUGAUGUAAUGUAAAAAACAAAGAAAAAAAAGAUUUAGCUUUUUUUGUAAGAUAUAUUCUGGAGUUCAAAAAGUUGCUGUGAGGAUUUCACUGAGUAUGCAUUUGCUUUUUGCAUAGUGGCUUUUAAACUAUGCAUUUUAUACCUUUUCAGACUAGAUGAAUAGUUAAAAUCAUUUAAUCUGCACAAUAAAUCAGCUGCGUAGAAUGUCUCAGUUUAUACAGUUUGAUUGGUUGCAAAAAGAGUGAACUGUUGGAUGUAGAAAGACAAAACGAGGGAGUCUCGGUGUUCAAGUUGUUGUCCAGGUUACUCUGAUUUGAAUAAUAAUUCAUGUCUGAUAUGGUUUUUACACAGAAAAGUUCAACCCCUCAUUGAAAAAUCCUGCUGCUGGACCCAGCGUUUGAGCUCUGGAAGCUUCACAUUUCCUUGUUACAAUAGUUUAGUAGCUUCCAGAUUAGAUUAUUUAGAUUUCAUAAGAUUUUGCUCAUACGUAAACGUCUUAAACUGAGAUUCAAGGUGAGCAGAGAAACUUUCCCUGUCUGCCGAAAACGGCCUUUUAGUGUCAGACAUCAUCCUGCACAGUGAAGCUUAAACAUUUAAGUGAAUUAACAGUCAGCAAAGCACAUUUUUGACUGGCGGGGGGCCUCAAAAUCUCUUGCAGUUGUCAAUAAAGAAAAAUGUCAAAAUGGAACCAGCAGCGGAUGAAAUACUGUAUUUUAUGGAAUCGCUUUGAUCCACAGAUCUUUACUCAUCUUUUUGUGUCAACGUUGACGUGCAAAAUCACCGCUUUAAACGAUAAAAAAGUUUUUAUGUGGUUCGACGCUGACCUUUCAGGAAGGCCAGAUCUGCAGAGUCCAGAACAAGAGAAGUUAUCAUAGCUCAUUAGCUGUGUUGCUUCAUCCACUCCACUCCUGAACUUCCUGUACCAGCACAUAAACUGUUCCACAGAAGAGGAACCGUCUGCAGACAGAGGUCAACCAUACAAAUACGACUCUUGAAUAAACUGAUUUAAGGUUCAUUAGGUCAUAACUUAAUAAUCUGUUCUCUGUGAUGGG